AUGCGCAACACCAUCGCUCAGCCGCUCGCCACCGUCAUGUACCAGCCUCAGCAACAGGGGCCACCCUUCAACAGGCCCAGGAACAUGCCAUACCAUCAAACAAACACCGGCCACUCUACGGAUGGCAACAACAUGGCCCAGAUGAACAGCUACCAGGCGGGUCAGUUCCCGCCGCAAACACGGCUACCCGAGGAGCUGGAGUCAGCGAUCUCUGUCCGUGUUCAGGGCGGGAGGGACGAGGACACCACUACUCAACCAGAAUACCCAGAUCUCCCGGCAGCACUGGUAUUAUCUCUCUGCUCUAUCUAUCUGGGAUACGGUCAGGGUGGGAGUUCAGAGACUGCCUAUUCUAACAGCAACAACCUUGUCUCGCUCUCCUGCGAUGACCAGCAGAAUCAGAUGCAAGAUGUGGACUGGUCCAACUACCAGACUCCCAGUAAACUCUUUGGUCUCAAUCAGCAGCAGCACCUCCAGCAGUCCUCCCACUCUCAUGCUAACCCCAACAGCGGGCAUUCAGGAGGGGGCAUGCAAAGCUGGAAUGCUCCUGUUUCWGAACCGGCUCGUCCACAGGGUGGAAACAUGCAGGGUCUGUACGUACCCGAGAGCGCAGGCAGUAUCCUGGCCGGCUUCGGUUUGUCAAACGAUGACCUGGAGGUUCUCAGCCACUACCCUGAUGACCAACUAACUCCAGACACUCUGCCCUUCAUCCUACGUGACAUACAGAUACACAAAACAAACAGAAACACAGGCCCUCCUGCGUUCUCUCAAACUCUCCCUGCUAUUCCUAACCUGCCGCCACCGCUGCGUCUUUCUCCACCACAGCGGCAUCCUGCACAUUCAUGUACGACCAACAUCCCACGUUUUCUGRGUGUGACGCAAACWGCGGGUAAAGUUAUCGACUACGGCCACGCAAGUAGGGCGGCGGAAGAGGGUAGAGACUCUUACAAACGCGAGCUACCGCCUAAGGAGAGAGCAACUAAACCAGAGUCAAAGCCCACCGGUUCGUCUUUGAAACGUAAAGCUGAAUCCCCAAGGCGGCACGACGACUCCUCCGACUCAAAGAAAGACAAAGACUACAGGAGGCGUGCUCCAAUCCCCGACGCUCACAAGCACAAAAUAACGCCCGUCAGAGAGCCGCCAUCAAGAUCUCGKUCGGAGCGCGAAGGGUCCAGAWCAAGGCCACAGUUCGAAGCCAGGAGUGAGUCGUCAAAAUCAACCAGACCCACCGGUGCCAAACRCAGCUCUAGCGCAACCAAGAGGCUCCCAACACCCACCAUGAUAGGUGAUUUCUCUGCGGACCCUCCGAAGGUGUACCCCCACACCUGCUCCCUGUGCGACAUGCAAUGUGAACGGGCUAAGGACUGGAUCGAUCAUGUGAACACAGUCAACCACACAGCUAGCUGCAGAGAUCUGCGCAACAAGUAUCCAGACUGGAAUCCAAAUGUCCCAAGGAGGGACCCGUCUCAAGGUCAGGAUGCCUGUGCACCUGGCAUUCCCUAGAACGCUCUCCCUCCCGCUCAGUUCC